GCGGGGCCGCUGGGCUGGUGUCAAACUUUGGGAAUGACAGGAGUGCUGCAGGAUUCGCAAAGAAGGGGAAGUGUCGCCCUCGCUGGCUCUGUUUGGAUAACUUUGACUUCUUCUUUACGUGCAGUCUCUGGAUUCCCCCCCGUUCCGCAGAUAUAAGUCCUGCUUUCAGCGGAUUCUUCAGCCAUGUCGGAGGACCUGAGCUCCCAACCCUGGUCCAUCAACAAAGAUGACUAUGAGCUGCACGAGGUGAUUGGAAGUGGAGCCACGGCAGUGGUUCAAGCAGCCUACUGUUUACCCCGCAAGGAGAAGGUGGCCAUCAAACGCAUCAACCUAGAGAAGUGCCAGACCAGUAUGGAUGAACUCCUGAAAGAGAUUCAGGCCAUGAGCCAGUGCCACCACCCCAAUAUAGUGACUUACUACACCUCCUUCGUUGUAAAGGAUGAGCUGUGGCUGGUUAUGAAGCUGCUCAGUGGUGGCUCAGUCCUCGACGUGAUCAAGCACAUCAUCUCACGGGGCGAGCACAAGACGGGCGUCCUGGACGAAGCCAGCAUAGCCACGGUGUUGAAAGACGUGCUGGAGGGUCUGGAGUACUUACACAAGAAUGGACAAAUUCACAGAGAUCUCAAGGCUGGAAACAUUCUCCUUGGAGACGAUGGUUCAGUGCAAAUUGCAGACUUUGGCGUCAGUGCCUUUUUAGCCACAGGUGGUGACAUCACCCGAAACAAAGUGCGCAAAACAUUUGUUGGAACGCCGUGCUGGAUGGCUCCAGAGGUCAUGGAGCAGGUGAGGGGUUAUGAUUUCAAAGCGGAUAUUUGGAGUUUUGGGAUCACGGCGAUAGAGCUCGCCACAGGAGCGGCACCUUAUCACAAAUACCCACCGAUGAAGGUCUUGAUGCUGACGCUGCAGAACGACCCGCCCGCUCUGGAGACGGGCAUCACAGACAAGGAGGUGGUAAAGAAAUACGGCAAGUCCUUCAGGAAGAUGCUUUCCCUGUGUCUACAGAAGGAUCCAGAGAAAAGGCCAACAUCCUCAGAGUUGUUGAAGCAUAAAUUCUUUCAGAAGGCAAAGACCCACGAGUAUUUACACGAGAGGCUGCUUCAGAGGGCGCCCACAAUAACGGAGAGAUCGAAAAAGGUACGUCGAGUGCCGGGUUCCAGCGGACGGCUGCAUAAAACGGAGGAUGGCGAAUGGGAAUGGAGUGACGACGAGCUCGAUGAGGAAAGCGAGGAAGGCAAAGCAGCUAUUUUAGCUUUAAGAGAGCAGCAGGUGAAGCCUGUUAGUGCCACCAGGCGACAAGUGCGCUUCUCGUACCCGCUCGAGCUGCCUGCAUCCAGGUCUCCGAGGGUGAAGGAGGGAUCUCAGAAUUCAGAGAUUUUCCAGACUCCUGAGCCUUUUAGUAGUCAACUCCAGCCGGUGGCGGCGGGCCAGGCUGAACUACCUCAGGCUGCAGGCCACGUUCCUCUGCAGCCCACUCCAGUCAACACUCAGCCCACUGCCCAGGCUGCAUGUCCCUCAUCCAGCACUCCUGCUGCUGCCGCUCAGAUUCCAGCUGCCUCAGGCGAUGUCAAAGCUCCCAUUAGUUUGGUAUUAAGGUUAAGAAAUUCAAAGAAAGAGCUAAAUGACAUCCGUUUUGAGUUUCUGCCAGGUAGAGACACUGCAGACGGUGUUUCCCAGGAGCUCGUGUCGGCAGGUCUAGUGGACGGGAGGGACUUAGUAAUAGUUGCUGCAAAUUUGCAGAAAAUAGUUGAAGAGCCUCAAGCCAAUAAAAACGUCACUUUCAAGCUGGCUUCUGGAAUCGAGGGAUCUGAAAUACCAGACGAUGUCAAGUUGAUGGGCUUUGCUCAGCUCAGCAUUAGUUAAACUGUUGUUCUACCUGGGACCGUGACUUGCCUAAAAAAUGUGAAAAUUAAAAAAAAAAAAAAAAAAAAAUAGUUUAAUGCAUUUUUUUUCUUUCCAAGGCUGUAAAGAAACCACUACUGCCAAAGAAAAUGAUACCAUUUUGCCACCCAUAGGAUUAUACAAAUACCACCUCAUUGAAUCAGGUGGUCAGCUGAAGUAUCAGAGCGUACAGUGUGAGAAUCACUCAGAAAAAAGUUUACAAUGUUUAUCCAGAAGGAUGAAAGAACCUACGAGAAACUGCUUUCAUUUGCCGCUCUGAUCCCCCUCGUUCUGUUAUUUUCUCUCUAACAUGUCAUGCAUUUGCACAAUCUGAACUAAAGCCCUUGAAUCCCGAUAAGUGUAAUAAUGCCUUAUACUCAUCAGAACUACUGAAUGCACGUCUUGGGGAAACCCCCUCCCCCUCCCGCUACCAUGUGGAGCAUUAUGUUGUCAGAAAUGUACAAACGUCACUUCAGGUGCAGAUGCCAAAUGUUUUACUUUAGUUUAAAGGAGGUGGGACGCAAACGCGUGCAAACUCCAGCACGUUUUAAACAUGUAAUCACAGAUUUUCUCCUUUUUUUUUUCUUCUUUUGUUCCCAAUCAUUGGAUUGCUCAUAUACAGUGUGUAUAUUUUGUGUUGGAAGUAGCCCUCGUGUAACUUGUAGGGUUAGUGUUCAUCGAAACCAGUGCCAAAUGAAAUCAGAAAUCUAUUAGCUUAUGUCUAAAUAGUGACCUCCUUCUACGUUUGAUUAGUAACUGAAGUAAAAGGUUUUGCAGCAGCUGAAACGACGCAUAUUUGUCUGUCUGGUAUUAGUUUGUCUGUUUGAAAUCAGUUUCAGAAACUCUUAGAGAAAAAGACUUAAGUGCAUAUUUGUUUAUGUGGAUGAAAAUAAGUAGCCUACCUGAUUUAACCUCUAGUAUGUAAAUAAUGACAUUUUGGCUUUGAUUGGUUUUUAUACUGUGUUUCACUCUGCCUUUUUUUCCGUCUCAUGACAGUGUGGGUUGAAGGAAGACAACGCUGCGUUUUUUUGUUUGGUUUGAAUUCCCUAUUUUAAAACAUUUUGGGAGGAAAUACUGUUGCUGACUGUACGUCAAGUAUGAUGCUCAUUCACCAUUAAUAUUCAAUACAUUUUCAGCUUUUAAUGCUUCUGCCUUUGAAAAGUUUGAAUAUAUUUUACUGUGCAACCACAGCUGUGCUGAUCUACCGCUUUAGUUUCGCCCAAAAUGUCAAGCCGAGUAAAAGUAAAACUGAUCCUGAAGUCUCUAUUAGAGCCUGUUUACAGUCACUAGACCGUUGAACCAACACUUGAAAUCACAUGGCUGCUUUUUAAAUACCUAAAAUGAAGAAAAUCUCAGCUCUGACUGAACAGUUUCUAUGAUCAGCAAUUUGCUCUCAGUUUAGAUUCAAAAAGGCUGUCAGCACGGAUCUUACACAUCUUUUCAUCCUCCCUCCGGAUGAAUAAUCCACAGCCUGAUGAUGAAUGUGUGUCUUGUUCUGACGGCAAUAUGAGAUCCACCGACGUCUCCUCUAAUGUGAAGAUCUGAGAUUCCAGCGAGGUUUUAAUAUUUAAUUUGGUGAUGUGACAGUGUCAUAACCCUCCAGAUGCCAUAUUAAAUGAAACUGAAUGCAUUUUUUUUUUUUUUUGCUUGCAGAUAAAUUGUUAGAGGAAAACUUUGUAUUUUGACUAUGAAGAUGUUAAAUUUUAUGCAAGCCUUAAAUUGAAAAUGAUUAACUGUAUUUUUUUUUCUUUUUCCUUUUUUUCUGACUUAAAAAUGUAGCUCUUGUUACACAUGAAGAUUCUUGAAAUAAAGAUAUCUACAGGUGUGUCUACCCUGUGUUCUCAAAGGGAGGCAAAUAAAAAACCAACAACCCAUAAAUAAAGCAGCACAUGUUAUUUUGAAAGCUGCAGGACUUGACGCCGUUGUGCUGGUGUAGUUUCCCACUGACCACACACGUUGAUGGGAUCGAUGUAUACGAACCCUGACAUGAGGUUGAGCCCUGCUUCUGUCAAAGUCCCAAGAUCUGAUGACUCGUAUCUUCUCAUCUUCUCGCCCACCUGUCCAGCUUACGUGCCAUCUCAUGAAACUUGCAUGAAAACAGAAGGUCAAGGCUGUUUUACACCCAUUUUUCUUUACUCCUUUAUUUUAUUUUUUAGUGUUUUGAGUUCAAAGCAUGUUUCUACUGAUCAUUUUCAAUCAAUAAAGAACAACAAUAAAGACCA